AUUUGUGGUUCUGACGAGACGAUGAUCUGACAAAUGUUGUUUAUGUCCAAUCUUUCUCUAAUCUGUUGUUAAAUGUCCCCGUCUAGAGAUAUCGAAUCAAGAAUCUGGCGGACACCCCAGCACAAAAGUCGGUUUGUGAUUAACUUGCAUUUCAGGCGGAUUCCAUGCUCGAAGGAGUGAGAGGAGAAGUCAAAUGGCAGAUGGAAGCCUUCGAAAGAUGUCUAAAAUUGAGCGUCUGAACGCCCGUGUGGCGAAACUGCUGACGGUGGCGGUGCAUGAGGUUCUGCAGGUGGUUAAAGAGACGGUGUCAGAGUAUCAGGAGAACACGGCCAGAACUCAAAGAGAGAAUGAGAGUCUGAGGAAAAUUCUGCAGGAACUCCAGGAUAAGAUGAAGAGAGAGAACACAGGUGCUGUGCAGACUGUGACUGUCCAACUUGAGCUGCAGAAUUGUAAGCAGGAACUUUCUCUGGGGGAGGACACUGAACUCUUCCCGUCUGAAGAGGAGUUGACAGAGAUUCUCUCUCCAGAGCCACAUGAUGGGCUUACCAGCGAAAAACCCUUUGGAGUCCAAACAUUUGGCUUUCCUCCUAUCAGUUUGAAAAAGAAGAGCAGGUCGUUCCACUCAGCGUGUAGCCCAAGGAGCUUGCUGGCCGAGGAACGACCAGAAACGACCACACAGAGCAGAGAGUUGGAUCUUAAAUCUGAGAUAGGACAUGAUACACAUGUAAAGGAACACCACACUCUGGUGACUGAUACUGCGCUGUCAGAAACACUAUUGAGUCAUAUGAACUCCACUCACACCGUUUCAAACUCACUUUUCCCAAACGAUUCCCCUCAGGCCUCUCAACCACUGCUGACUUUUGAGGAGAUCAAACCAGAACCCGAAGUGGAAGCGUAUGUCACAUAUUCAACACCAAAGCAUUUUUAUGACUGUGCAGGCUCAAGCCACAUUUUACCCCAAACCCAACUCAAUCGAGAGCCUCUUCAACCUAACUCAGGGUCUUAUGAACUUGUGUACUUCCAGCCUAACCAAAAUUGCUCAGGGGAAUCAUUUGCAUUGGGAAACAAUGCUGAAUCGGCAUUGGACAGAUUUGAGGAACAGCACAAUACCCUCCCGUUUAGGAAAUCUUUUGGUGGAGCAGGAGGGUUGAGAAUACUCCAGCGACAUCUCGGUAGUGAGAAGCGCUACUGCUGUCCUCUGUGUGGCCGGUGCUUCAGUCACGCUGGUGAUUUUAAAAAACACAAGAGGGUCCACACUGGUGAGAAGCCAUACUGUUGUUCUGUGUGUGGAAAGCGUUUCAGUCAGUCAGGCUACCUAAAAAUACACCAAAGGUACCACACUGGAGAGCGACCGUAUGGCUGUACCCAGUGUGGGAAACGCUUCAGUCAUUCUAGUAAUUUCAAGAAGCACCAGCUCACUCACCUAGGAUCAGUGCCAUAAUGUAUGAGAACAUAAGGGAUCUUUGACUGAGAACUAUGGCAUUCCGUUAAUUUAGAGUUGGUCAGAUUAAGUGUAUGGGGGAAAUGUUCAGCAAAGUGAAAGGAUAAUAUCUAACAGGAGAGAAUUGCUUACUUUGUGUUUAACUUGACAUAAUUACUAAUCUUUGAUAGAGUUUUCUGAUGUGGACAAUAUUGUGAAAAGCUGGUAUUGACAUUUUCAGCACCAAAUCUCACUGAUAGAAUUAAUGCGCAAGACCACAAAUUACUGUAUUAUUCCUGACAAUGGUGGUGUGGGUCUGGGAAUCUAACUAUUUGAUAUUUACUACUAGUAAAUUUGAUUAGAAUGUGUAAUUCUUGUCAUUUUGAAUAAACAAAUAUUUUUAUCCAAAACAAAA